UAAACAAGCUCUGGUUUAAUUCUAAAUUAAACUCGAUUAGACAUACAGUGCACAACAUAUGGCUCAGGAGUCACGAUUUUAUACAUUUAAAUACAUAAUACAUGUAAUUAUUUAUGAAUGAAUCCCUGCGUGAGCUGGCUGAGCUGGUGCGCAUGCGCAGUGUGAACGGCUUGACGGAGGUAGCUAGCUCUCGCCAUGUUUCACACAGCAUCACCGCGACGCUUUUUAUAAACUCUUUGCAGUCUUUUCUUGCUGUUAUAGUCUCAGUACAGCCUUGUAUACAGUCUGGGAUUUAUUAUAACGCUGAAUGGUGCGCGUGUGGGACAGCUAAUUAGUUGGUGUCAUUUUUUUUAAACAUUACUGUGUCAGUGCCACGCAAUGCACCAUGGAGGAGGUCCACCAAAUGCACAGCGAAAUCCUCAGAGAUCCAAAUCCUUCACGGGCUCUGAAGCAGAUGAACAGCAGCAGCAACCAGUCACCAUCACACAACAACAACAACAACAGCCACAACAACCCGCAGCUGUCACUCAUCCACAGUCCCCGGUGACGACGUUCGCCACGGCGGCGGGCCCCGCAGUCUCGGCUUCUCAGUCCUCCAACUACCAGAUCAUCAUGAGCCGAAGCCCCGUAGCUGGCCAGAACAUGAACAUCACCUUACAGAACGUGGUCCCCGGGAACCAGCAGAUCACGCUGAUGCCGCUGGCACCGCUGCCAAGUCCGGCUUCACCUGGCUUCCAGCACCAAGCUUCUCAGUGGAGGUUCGAGCACAGCUCAUCUCUUCCUCAGCCGCAGAGUCCGACGCAGCACAGCCCCAUCUCCCUGCAGGCCAUGUCAAGGCCGGGCGCCGCUCUCGGGGUGUGCGCGCAAAGCCCUACGCGUUUCGUCGAAACUGGACUCAUGGUGCGGCAGAUUAACCUCAGCAGUCCGUCCGGAAGUGGACACUUUGUGUACCAGGAGAACGCGGGCUUGACUCAGCUGGCUCCGACGGCGGUUGGUACGGUGCAGCUUGCGUCUCCAGCCGGGACGCCGGCAUCCGUGAGGGAGAGACGCCUCUCUCAGCCGCACUCUCAGACCGGAGGCACGAUCCAUCACCUGGGCCCGCAGAGUCCCGCGGCGUCCGGAGCCGCUCUGUCGGCCUUAGCCAGCCCCAGUCAGAUCACCACGUCCAACCUUCCUCCUCAGAUCAGCAGCAUCAUCCAGGGACAGCUUCGGCCCGCCGGUGCAGGGGUCACGGCAUCCGGAAUGACUUCGUUUGGCGCCGUCCCUCCCUCCAGUCCUUCUCGGAGUAUCGCGAACCCUCCGCUGACUCCCAAAAAGGUUCAGCCCAAGAAGCUGGAGGAGAUAGCGGCCCCUAACCCUGAGGUGGCUCAGCUGAGGAAGCAGUGUUUGGAGCAUCACACCAAGAAGAUGGACAGCCUGAAGGACGUAUUCAAGGACUACCUGAUCGAACUCUUCUUUCUGCAACACCUGCAAGGCAACAUGAUGGACUACCUCGCCUUCAAGAAGAAGCCGUGCGUGCCGCUCUUCACCUACCUGAGGCAGAACGACCUCGACCUCGAGGACGAGGAGGAAGAAGAAGAGCAAUCCGAAGUCAUCAAUGACGAGGGACACUGUGCGAGCGUUGUAUGUACGUCUGUUUCUAUGACAACCACUCAGGUGAAAGUAGUGACAGGAAAGGACGGCCAGACGGUGACGCCCGUCGCCAUAGCCACCCAGCUCCCUCCGAACGUGUCGGCGGCGUUCUCCACCCAGCCGCAGUUUCAGGCUCAUCCUAGUGCUGCAGGUGGCAACAUUUCCAACCCCGUGGAGAUGGAGGCUUUCAAACGGCAGCAGGCUUUGGCUCAAGCAGAUCAGGCUAAGCGGUCCCGGAUCGAAGUGGUUCGCCACGGGAUGAUAUUCCAGCACCCCGUUGUAGCUCCUUUAGGAUCUCCCGGCGUUCCCCUCCAGCAGCUUAUGCCAACAGCGCAAGGUGGCAUGCCCCCGACCCCACAGACGGUCCAAAUAGGGGGGCAGAACCAGAACCAGCAGCAGUAUGACCCGUCCAAAGGCCCCCCGGUGCAGAACGCCGCCAGCCUCCACACUCCUCCACCUCAGCUGCCAGGCCGACCUCCCCAAGCUACGCUGCCCAUGGCCGCUUUGCCUCUAGCUCUCUCUCAGGCUCAGCCCGUGGUGUUGGAGCAGCAGUGCCAGGCGCCGGGCGGGCAGCUCCAGGCCCAGGUGAAGCUGCAGGGGGCAGGGGCCGUGCUGGCUGCAGUGAACCCACACCCACAGCUGCAGAUGCAGCUCCAAAUACAACAACAGCAGCAGCAGCAAACGCAGCCGAUCAUGCAGUCAGGACAGGCCACUGUCACGCUCACUCGGCACGGCGUGGAGACGUCCCAGCCUGCUCAGCGUCUGACGCCCAGCCUCCUGUCCUCCCCCGUCGUGUCCACUGCACCUUCCCCCUCCUUGCCCUCCUCUCUCCCGUCCACUCCGGUUCGGACCCCUGUGCCUCACACGCUCACCCCUGCCUCGCACUCCAAACUCACAGCCUCCAACGGCACUACGGCGCUGAAGCUCUCCACGCUGAGCCAGGGCUCGACUACUAACAGCGCCCAGGAGAGCUCCCAGGACAAGCAGGCAGAGCAGGCUAAACUGGAGAGCCAAGUGCAUCAGCGCAUUGCUGAGCUGAGGAAGGAGGGCCAAUGGUCAGCUAGCCGGCUGCCUAAACUGCAGGAAGCCAGCAGGCCCAAAUCCCAGUGGGACUACCUGCUGGAGGAGAUGCAGUGGAUGGCUGCCGAUUUUGCCCAGGAGAGACGCUGGAAGAUGGCCGCCGCCAAAAAGCUGGUGCGCACUUGUGCCCGUUACCACGUUGAGGUGAGGAAGGCCGAGGAGAGGAAGAAGAUGGAGGAGGAGCUGAGGCUGAGAAACAUAGCCAGUGUCAUUGCACGUGAGGUGGACUACUUCUGGUCCAACAUCGAGCAGGUCGUGGAAAUCAAACUCCAUUUGGAGAUCGCGAGCAAAAGACAGAAAGUGUUCCGGCUACAGAAGUCAGGACACAGAGGACAAAGCAGUAAAUCUGCUCAGGCUUCAGGAGAGAAGGACAGCAGAGUGGAGUCCGGGAGCACCACCCGCAAGAGGAAGACGUGCACGUCCCUUUCUGAUGAAGAGGCUGAAGAUGAGGAAAGCACUAUAGAGGAGCAGGAGGCUAUGGAAGUAGCUGCUGAACAAAAAGAGGAGCUUGUCGAACUCACCAAGGAAGCUGAGGUGCCAUUGGAGGCUUUGGUAAAGAAAUACGCCGGUGCGUAUGCUGAGGGAUUCGAGUGGCCGCAGCCUGCCUGCCAGAGUGAGGAUGAGGAGAAAGAUGAAGUCGAAGACAUGGAUAGUUGUCCACUGGACAGCCCCCAUGAGGCGGUUCUCAUCGACACGCUCUUGAGUGACGAGCAGUACCGCGGACCCGAACGGACCAGCAGCGCCUCAGGAACCAACGGCAAACCCAUGAAGGAUAUAGCAGAAGUGUCUAGGGCAACAGACCUGAUCCUGCCCAAAGGCAGCGCUAGGACUACACCAACCACUCGUCUUCAUGUGCCCUCCCUCCUUCACGGCUCUCUGAGAGAUUACCAGCUGGUGGGUGUCGAGUGGUUGGCUAACCUGCACCGAAAGCACCUCAACGGCAUUCUGGCAGACGAGACCGGACUGGGCAAGACCGUCCAGACUGUGGCCUACCUCGCACACCUGGCCUGUCACGAAGGUAUAUGGGGCCCUCACAUGGUGGUGGUGAGAACCUGCAAACUGCUAAACUGGGAAAUGGAGUUCAAGCGCUGGUGCCCGGGCCUCAAAAUCCUCUUGUACUUGGGCAGCAAGAGAGAGCGCAGAUACAAACGAUCGUGGUGGUCCGAGCCCAACAGCUUCCACGUAUGCCUUACGUCAUACAAGCUGCUGCUGAAAGACCAGGCUCACUUCCUGAAGAGGCGCUGGAGGCACCUGGUGCUGGACGAAGUGCAGCUGAUCAAGAACAUGACCGAGAAACACUGGGAAACCAUCUUCACCAUCAGGAGCCAGCAGAGGAUCUUGCUGAUCAACAGCCCACUACAGAACACUCUGAGAGAGCUGUGGACCAUGAUCCACUUCCUCCUGCCUGGAAUCACACGCUCGUACCUCGACUUCCCCAUCCAACCCGGCGCAGACCAAAACCAGGACUACUGCCACAAACUGGUCAUCAGACUACACAGAAUGAUUCAGCCGUUCAUCCUGCGUCGCUCCAAGAGAGAUGUGGAGAAGCAGCUGCCUAAGAAGUACGAGCACAUCCUGAAGUGCCGUCUCUCUGCGAGACAGAAGAGCAUGUACGAGGAUAUCCUCACACAGCCCAGUGCUCAGGAGGCUCUAAAGACGGGACGCUUUGUAAGUGUGCUCCAGGUUCUAAUGCAGCUGCAGAGGAUCUGUAAUCACCCAGAUUUGAUCCAGAUCAGAGAGACUGCCAGCUCGUACACAUGCCGGAGCCUGCAGUACAACACGCCAUCUUUACUGCUCACAGCUCUGCAGAAGGACCAGUGGAAGACCGUGGACUUGUCUCUUUUCGACCUGAUCAGUAAUGAAGGCAGACUGACCCGCUUCGAGACGACAGAGGUUCUUCCCAAGCUCAGAUUGAGUCAGCAGCUCAUCGAGGAGAUCCACAGCGCACCCGAUCCUCCACCCAGACCCAGAGCGUGCAAGAUCAAGCCCAUGAGAUUGUUCCAGCCAGUGCAGUACGGGACAAAACCAGAGGGGCGUCUCGUGCCCCUGAUCAACGCUUCACAAGGCCAGCGCUCCACUGCUACCACCACUGCUACCCCCACCACCACUUCUACCCCUACUGCUGUUGCUCAGAACACCCAGGCCAGGGGCAAAUCACCCGUUACUACCACCUCAUCCACUCAGGCCAGCAGCACACCAGGACUUGCUGUUGCAGCUGCUCCCUCUACUGCCACUUCUACCCAUGUGGCUUUAGGUGUAGCAGGGGUGGGUGCUGUAGCCCCCAGACCUGCUGUCGCCCCUCAGCCUCUAUCCACCCACCCCCUGCUGCCCCAGAGGCUGGUGCUCAGCUCCCAGGCCCAGGCUCGCUUGCCUAGUGGAGAUGUGGUGAAAGUGGCUCAGUUGGCGUCUAUAACAGGCGCACAGAGCCGGAUAGCACAGACCGAGACCCCGGUCACGCUGCAGUUCCAGGGCAAUAAGUUCACACUGUCACCCAGCCAGCUGCGUCAGCUCACCACAGGACAGCCUCUCCAGCUCCAAGGUAACAUUCUGCAGAUCGUAUCUACCCCGGGGCAGCCAAUCCUCAGGCCGCCGGGCUCCUUGGUGAUGCAGCCGAUGCCUCAGUCCGUUCCUGUUCACAACUCCACAGGCCCUCAGGCGGUCCCCCCUCCGGCCACCCCUACACCUCCACAGGCUGGUGUGGCUGCUAGUGCUACGGCUACGACUUCUGCCCCCGCUGACGCAGGAAGCAACGCAAAACCCUCCACCAAUGCCGCACCACAAGAGUCAAGUGAGGAGAGGAACAGGCAGCUGAAGGAGCGUCUGACUCGUCUGUUCACCGUUAACGAGCGGCGUGUUCAGCGCUCUGUCCUGUACGGGGCUGACCUUCUCGAGGCCUGCUCUGUGACCAGGGGACGCGCUCCUCCUCCUCUGCCUUCUCCCGUGCACUCGCGCUGGGCCUGGGUGGGCAGAGACGCCUGCCUGAAGGCCCAGCAGAACAGUGUUUAUGCGACAGACUCACUUCGAUUGGCUCUUCGCUCCCAUACAGACAGAUUGCAGGAAGGAGAUAACCUUGUCAAAAGGCUGUCGUGUAUUCUUCCUGCCUCUGUAGCUCCGCCCCCUCAGCUUUACGCAGUCAACCCGCCGCCUCCAUACAGCCUGAAGCAGAAGUCGUUCAUGCGUCAGCUUCGUGAAGUCUCCGCCCCCUACAACUCAGAGAUCCGCUCUCUGGCCUUCCCAGCUACUUUUGAGCUCCCUGAUAAAAACCUGCUGGAAAUGGACUCAGGUAAGCUGGAGGCAUUGUCUAUCCUGCUGCACAAGCUGAAGGCAGAGGGCAGGAGAGUCCUCAUCUACACUCAGAUGGCCAGCAUGCUGGACAUCCUGGAGGCCUUUCUGGACCACAGAAAUUUCACGUUUGUACGCCUGGACGAGAGCCUCUCCCGCCACGAAAGACAGGAUCAGAUAAAGGCUUUCAACUGCAACAGACAGUUCUUCUGUGCCAUCCUGACCAAUCGUUGCUGCUCUGCCGUGGGUCACGUGUUUGACGCGGACACCGUUGUGUUCUACGACACGGAUCUUAACCCCAGCAUGGAUGCCCGUACACAGGAGUGGUGCGACAAGGUCGGACGCUCCAAAGACAUCCACAUUUACAGGCUGGAGAGUGGAAACUCCAUAGAGGAGAAACUACUGAAGAACGGCACUAAGGACCUGAUUAGAGAAGUGGCAGCACAAGGCACGGACUACACCCUCGCCUUCCUCACGCAGCGCACCAUCCAGGACCUGUUUGAGGUAGAAGCUGGAUCUGGAGAGAAGGUGGAGGAGUUUGUCGUGCUGCAUCAGGAACCGUCUCCGUCAGAAUCCAUCCCUCCGCACGUGGCAAGGCCGUACAUCCAGGCCCUCAACACCAUCACGCUGCAGACGCUUCACCUAGAGGAGGGGCUGGAGAGGAAACAGCUAGAGAAAGGAGAGGAGCAAAUGGAGCAGGAGGAGGAGGGUGACGUGACGGACGAUGCUUCUCAGCUAGAGGAGCUGGCAUCUGUCAUGGAACAGCUGACUCCUAUUGAGAGAUACGCACUUCAGUACCUGGAGUACCUUCACAUUAGUGAAGAUGAGGCCGUCGCUAAGGAGCAUACAGAAGCCGCUAAACGAGCCUGGGAGCUGCGGCAGCAACAGAAGCGAAAGCACGAAGAAGAGGAGCAGGCUACUCUAGAAGAUGAGGAAGACCUCUUCACCUACACCAGAGAGGAUGCCUACAACAUGGAGUACGUGUUUGAGUCUGCAGACGGUCAGACAGAGAUUAUGCCGCUGUGGACGCCACCUACACCACCUCAGGACGAUAAUGACAUCUACAUCGACUCUGUGAUCUGCCUCAUGUAUGACUCCGCCCCCAUGCCGGAGUCCAAACUGCCCCCGGUGUACAUCCGCAAAGAGCACAAGAGACCCAAGAUGGACCCGUCGGCCAUGGGCCGUAAGAAGAAGAAGGGUCAUGGCGAGGCGGUGAUCCCCCCACGGUCGCUCUUCGAUAAGGCGAGCAUGUUGAAGGUGCGGCGAGAAGGAAAGGACCAGAAGAAGAACUUCUCUCUGAAGCAGCAGGCUCCGUUCGCCAAGCCGCUGCCCUCGCUGGUCAAACCCACCAUGGAGCCGGGGCAGGACAAUCCUGAGUGGCUCAUCAGUGAAGACUGGGCUCUGCUGCAGGCUGUGAAACAGCUGCUCGAGCUCCCUCUGAACCUGACCAUCGCGUCUCCGGCUCACACUCCAAACUGGGAUUUGGUGAGCGACGUGGUGAGCUCCUGCAGCAGGAUCUACCGCUCGCCGAAACAGUGCCGCAGCCGCUACGAGAACGUCAUCAUCCCUCGUGAGGAGGGCAAGUUAAUUUACGAAGCUAAUCCCAAGAAGAAGACCAAGAGCAUCUAUAAGACAAAGAACAGCCGUCCCCUGCGCACGUGUCAGAUCUACACCCAGGACGACAACGCCACCCAGAUCCAGCUCUACAACAACCGCUUCGAGCUCAUGAAGAUCAUCGCCAGCAAGAGGAGUCCUCCAAUAAAACCUCUGCUUGGUAUGAAUCCGUUCCAGAAGAACCCUAAGCAUGCUUCUGUCUUGGCUGAAAGUGGGAUCAGCUAUGAUAAACCACUGCCUCCCAUCCAAGUGGCCUCUCAGAGAGCAGAGAGAAUCGCUAAAGAAAAGAAGGCUCUGGCAGAGCAGCAGAGGGCUCAACAGUUAGCUCAGCAGCAGCAGCAGGCAGCCGGAGCUACCCCAGGGACUCCAGGGGCCACAGCUCAGCCGCAAGCCCAGCCGCAGGCCGCUACCGCUGGACUACAGGCCGCUGGAGUUUCUCAGGGCACCCAGCAAGGAGCUGCCGCAGUCCCGAACACCGCUGUGCUGGCAGGAGCUAUCAAGACUGCCGCUGCUGGCAUAGGCAUUCAGACAGGACCUGGAGUGGGAGGAAACGUCAUCGUGAACACAGUAGCCAGUGUUCCUCCAGGCCAGUUUCAGGGAAACAAACGGCUCGCUUCUCCCAUCAUUCCUGGAGCUUUACCUGCUGCAGGUGCUGCUGCAGCUCAGGUGGUUCACACCCAGCAGAGGGCUGUCGCUUCUGCCCCUGCCUCCACCCCUGCUGAGGUCGUCGCCAUAGCGACUAGCCAGGGUGUUCGUGCUGUAACCCCAGUGACUGCAGCGACUGUAGUGCCCACGAGUCAGGUGCCAUCACAGACACGCUCGCCCGUGCCUCAAGCAGGGAAGAUCCCCCAGGCUCAUCUGCAGAUCGUCAGGCAGCAGCACCAGCCGCAGCUCCCACAGCAACAGCAGCAGCAGCAGGCUGGUUCUCCUCAGAUCAAAGCAGUGAACAAACCACAACAGAUACAUAAGCAGAAGCUGCAGGUCAUGGCUGCUCAGGCCCAGCAGCCCGCCAUUACCCAGCAGCCUCAGCAGGUCCAGGCCGCUCCGACACCCCAGCCCAGCACGCAGCUCACCGCAGUGGCCACUGUGCCCAGGGCCGGAGCCGUGCUCACCGGGACCGCUGCCCCUAACCUGCAGGUGACCAGACUGACGCGAGUCCCGGCUCCAGGCGCCGUCCCAGCGCAGGCGGGUCAGACGGCCCAGGUGACUCUGACCAAACCUCCUCCAGUGGUGUCUGUACCGGCUGUAGUGUCGUCCACCGGAGUCACCACCCUACCGGUGACCGUCGCUGGAAUCAGCGUGGCCAUAGGACAGGCCACGAAAGCAGUUGGGCCUGUGGUAAGUCCAUUCCAGGUUCAGCAGUUGUUGCAGCGGCAGAAGCAGCAGCAGGCAGCAGCGCAACAGAAAGCAGCACAACCGCAACAGACGCAGGCUGCAGUGCAGCAGAAGUUGGCCACUCAGCAGGCGGCUCAGGCGGCAGGUCAGGGCCCGCAGAAGGUGACGUACGCAACCGCACAGCUGCAGCAGGGCAUUAAGGCUCAGUUCUACGCCACUUCUAUCACUGGCCAGCCUCAGAAAACUGCCACCACACAGCAGAUAAAACUUUCUCAGAUAGUGCAACCGCAGAUAGUGUCCUCACCCCAGCAGAUCCAGGCCCAGCCUCAGACGGUGACUCUGACCCAGGCAACUGCCGCGGCCUCGUCUCCUCAGACUCAGGUGCAGGUGAUCCCCGCAGGCUCCGCCUCUGCCGUGCAGGUUGUCCAUCAGAAACUCCUCCAAACGCAGCAGCAGCCACAACAGCAGGUCGUUACCGCGGCAGCUCCCGUCUCCUCUCCUCAGAUCACGGUCCCGGCUCCUCAAAGCCCCGCCCAGCAGCAGGGCGCUGCGGUGACCCCUGCAGCCGACACGUCAGUACAGCAGCCUGGAACACCACAGCCUCAACCGGGCAAAGGAAACGCACGCACAGGAACCGCCGUGCGCGCUAAAACACCCGCCAAACCCAGCGGAGGCAGCUAGACACGCGCGCACACACACACACACACACACACACACACACAAAUGGAUAUACACACUGCUUCAUCUCCUCAGAGGUGUGUGUGAGUUCAUUAAGCGGACAUCCACUGUGUGUUCCUGUCAAGUGUUAUCAACUACGUGUCAUUAAGCUAAACACCUCAGCAGAGACACUCUGGACAGGAGUGCAACAGGCUUUUUAUCACACACACACACACACACACACACAAGGAUUGUCACACACACUCCACAGUGUGGAAGUUGUUUUACAGGAUUCCUAUGCUGUAAAAUGCUUGUUUUUGUUUUUUUUUUCUACUGUGCCUGUCUUUCUUUGUUUAUAAACCCGUUAACAUUACACAUUUAUUAUCCUCGGAAGAAAAUACGAAUGAGUCUGUUAAGUAUUUCUGACAGCCGUUAGAGGUGAGAAGUUUGUUGUUGUUUUUGCAGUAAAGCGUCACAAUGGUAGACGUGGACCUAUAAAACAUCACAGUGUCAAAUUGUAACACAUACCUGGUUGGUGUUAGCCCGUAACAUUGAUACGGCUUUUCCACGUUGAAUUCUUAAAUCUGAUUGGUUAGAAGGUUUAUUCCUUACACAUUGCCCACCCCUAACAUCCACGUAAGGUUUUGAUAACGAUUACGAUAAUGAGCUGAUCAGAUGAAUCAGGUGUGUGUGCAGUUAAAAAUAAAAGCCCCAUGACUGGGUUUAGAUUUUAGAUAUCUUGUGUAUUUGUACACUUCAUUUAGCUGAACAUCCUCUUUAGUUGUGGCCAGUUAUGACUAGUAGCGUGUGAACAUCCUGUUCAGGAUGUAGAGUUAGCAAUCGUUGGCGAUUUGGCUGUGUUUUGGUACUGGAUUGAUGAGCGAGCCAGGUUUAAAUCUGGAUUCGGAACAGAAGUCUUUAGAGCAGUGGAGGUGUUUGGUGUUACAGAUGCUCCCGCUCAUCGUUUUUUUUAGUGAGCUGUGUGUUAGAUGUGUCGUAAAUGUGCGAUUGUCAUGUUGCUUACUAGAGACGCACCAAUCCAAAGCUGAGUACGAGAUUGCUAUAGAAUGCAAUCGCAAGAUAUCUUAUAGUAUAUACAGGGUGAUUUAAAAAAAAAAAAGAAGAAAAAAAUAGCAUUAACAUGAAGAAGAAAGGCUGCAACAUGGAUGGAGUUUUAUUCAGUCCCACAUUGGUUCACAACAAAUAUCGAGAAAAUGAAUCAUCAUGGAGGACUGAAAGACCUCCGUCCAUGUUGCAACCAUCCAUCUUUGCUUCAAAAUUAAUCUAGUAGCCAUUUCAUAAAAGAAAAAAAAAAACAAUUGUACUAUAAAGAAAAAUGUUCUAAGA